CAAGAAGUCUAAAGUAGCAUCUUUUAAACGAUUUAUUAGGUCUUUUUCAAGAUUAUUACCAGCGAGAAUUAUUUAGCGACGACAGAAACGCAAGGAUGCAGUUGACACUUAUUGGAACUACCAUUGCGUUCCUUGGACUAGGCUUAGUGACACCUACGGGAGCCAUUAUUUCCAAGAUCCGAGUUAGAGGAACCCUUCUUCUUGCGACUGCGCUGACAUUCUUCGGGCUCGUCAUGGCUGCUUACUCUACCCAGAUCUGGCAGAUUUUUGUGUCAUUAGGCGUUUGUGCAUCUACUGGUUUCGGAUUGCUAUUUGCUGUCAGCGUAGUGAUUAUACCAUCGUGGUUUGACACACCACAAGAUGAAGGGUCAAGGAAUGUAGCAUUUGGCAUAAUCAUGAGCAGCACAGGUGUUUCUGGUAUCAUUAUCCCAUGUGUUAUUACACAAAUAUCGGAUCGUUUGGACAUGCGAUGGGCCUAUCAUAUCCUCAACAUCAUUUUUCUGCUAUUCAAUAUUAUCGGCUGCCUUAUCAUUACAGAAAAUCCUACCACUAGCAAGAUCAUUAAGCCGCAACAACUUAUUAAAGACGACGGUCAGAAGGCCAGAAAGACAGAUUAUGAGGGGCACAACAGUAGCAACAGUUAUCCCAAUAAUAUUCCAAAGCUCAGCAUUUUCUACGACAACCCGAACUUCUUGAUAUGGUUUGUAGUUGGAUUCAUUCGAUCAACUGUUGACCUCAUUCCCUUUAUCUUUCUUCCUUCGUAUGCGACACUUAUCGGUUUGUCCCCGGUGCAAGGUGCAACACUCAUUACUGUCAUGUCCGUAGGGGCUACAUUGGGUCCUAUCUGUAUAGGUCUGAUAGCGGAUCGGCUAGGAAAGCUGAACACGGCCAUCCUGUUUACAGCUAUAACUAUAUUUGCUGCCUUGUUUGUCUGGACAUUUGCAUAUAGCUAUCAUACAUUGCUCUUGUAUGCAUUGUUGUUUGGUUUCUUUGGUCCAUCAUAUUAUACCCUGACGGUUUCGGUUAUAAGUGAUAUUACUGAAACAAGUACGUUCUCAUCUGGUGUUUCCAUUGCUUACAUUGCGAAUGCUAUUGGUUUUAUCGUUGGUCCUAUAGCAGCUAAUGCGAUCGAAUCUUUUUUAAAUAUCGAGCCUUAUAGAACUCAUAAAUUAGCGUGUGUCUUUGUACCUAUACUGAGCGUCAUGCUCAUCAUUAUUCUCAAGCUGCGUCUACAAAGCGGAUUAAUGGAGAAAGUUUGA